GGUACCUGCGAAUUUUUGAUUACGUGAUUGUAAUUCGUCCCGCGUCUAAAUAGGUACCUGAUCGUCUUUCGAUCCGAUCAAAUACUAUGGUUCGAGUAUUUUGGAUAGGAUCGAAUCCAUACGAUGAGUUUUCGGAUUAGUCGGCAUUUUGCCAGCCCCUAACCACCAGCCGUGCAUAUGGUAUGAAAGCCUCCUCGCCUUCUUCGCUUUUUCAUUUUGCCACACACUUGCUGUUUACUGAAGAGUGUUCAAAAGGAGAAUGAUGGGUUAAAUAUUGAUUUGUUAUUUCUGUCUUUCUGUGCAAUUUCUCGUAAAUCGGAUAUGGGUAAGGAUUUUUUUUAAAUUUAUUUGUGCAUACCCUAAAAGUCUCUGAAAAUCAUGGUGAAACCUUCCGUUCAUGGACAUCUGAUGACUCAAUACGGGUAGACUCGGCCGCUCUUUCGAGUCCCGGAGUCGACUCGGCCCGAAUCUUCCGAGUUUGAACGAGUUUCCACCGGGUCUACCGUCUCCGGUAUAUGACGGACCAGUUGCGGAAGUUGCGGUGAGGACUCAGCCCGGUCGACUGGGACUCGACCGAGUCUUUGAUUCAGUUAUAUUCUCAACUGUUUCAACUUUUAAUUGUCGUGUCGUGUCCCUACGUUUGCAUUGUGCAACCCAAAGUUGAGAUAAAGGGAAAUGGAUGUCUCCUUCAUUUAGGUUCCUUUGGUGGGUGAAACAGUAUUGUAAGGAUUAUGAAACCGUAUCAUUCGAUGAUUCGUCGACUGGUUCCUUUCUUCUCAACUCGGAUUCGAGAAAACCACCUGAGACUCCUCAGUUCGACAUUGGCAUCAUCCUCUGCUCUCCACGAACAACCUCCUCUGCUGUCUUCGCAUUCCCAAUCUCAAUGUCAAUCUCAAUCUAUAGUUGCGGUUCACAUGACCGACAAUUGCGUCCAGAGAAUGAGGGAUCUGCAAUCUCAGGAAGGCAAGGAAAAGAUGCUAAGAUUGAGCAUAGAAGCCGGUGGCUGUUCCGGUUUUCAGUAUAACUUCUCUCUUGAUGAUAAGUGCAAUGAUGAUGACAGAAUUUUUGAGCGCAAAGGAGUCAAAUUGGUAGUUGAUAAAAUAUCUCUUGAUUUUGUAAAGGGUGCAACUGUUGAUUAUGUUGAAGAGCUUAUCCGUUCAGCUUUCCAGGUAUCUACAAACCCAAUUGCUGUGGGUGGCUGCAGCUGUAAAAGUUCCUUUGUGGUGUAGUAGUUCUCUGACAUUUGUUUUGUUUCACUAUUCAGCUUGAGUCAAGAGGUUAUUUUCAUUCUCCUUUUGGUCCUGAAUCUAUGCUACAUUUUUUUCUGUGCUCCAUUUAUUGACUCAUAAUCCUAAUUAAAUUCAUUAAUGUUGAUUUGCUGUAUGAUUACCGUAAGCAGCAGUUUUAACUUUAUAUUUAAAUUGGGGAUACUAUUCAUGACCUGGAUCACUGUAUCUUUGACUCUUGAUACAAAAUCAAUAUGGAAAAAUGAGGGGCGGUGCAGGGGAAGAAAAUGGUGUCCUUUUGGUUGAGGUGAUUUCUGAAAAUAAAUGUAUUUACUGAACUUGGAGCAUUAAUUGGAAUUCCACCCCAAGUGUUUGGUAUUCUGCCAAUGUCAGAAAACAGUCAAAGAUACUUGCUCUAUGUGAGCUGUUAGGUAUGGUGUGGUUAUUCUGCUAUUGCUACUUGAUGUUCAGUUUUUCUGGUCAUGCUUCAUUUUAUUUUUCCUUUGAAGAGUUAAUCUCGUACAGAGAUAUGCUGUCUUACAACAAAAAUUUUCUUUUGUUAUCUAGGCUGCUCUUUUAUUUAUGUGUAGUAAAUGCAGCCCUAUUUGAUGAAAAUUAGGUAGGGCAUUUUGUGUGUGUGUGCGUGUGUGUGUGUGUGUGUUUUUUUUUCUUUAAUUUCUAGGUAGCUUGGUAUUUACAAUUCCGCUAUUGUCUCAUCGAAUUUUUGGGGUUUUAUUAUUUAAACUAGAAAGGUGGACAUUAUCAAUUGACACUGGCACUGAUUUGUAGUAUGUCGCAAGGAUGGAAUUGCCUGGUAUUGACCAUUGAGUAUUGGGGGCAUCUUACAAAUGUUUUUUGGUCCUCUUUUCGGGGAGAGUUGUUAAGCUGGAUCCUUUGACAUAUUUGAAUCAACAUUCAAAAUUUUGGCUGCUUUAGUCUUGCUAACUGUUUGUGAAUUUCACCUUUUUAUAAGACCAAAAUUCAACCUAUGGCAAAAGACAAAUAGGGGAGAUGCAAGUGUAAUAAAUAGAAGUUGCAGCAUAGAUGUAAUUUUACAGCUAUUGUUGCAACAAAUAGUACUCCAACUCUGGGAUUAUAAAGGCAGCAAGAUAACAAAAUAGAAAUACAAGUUUAGCAGCAAAAAGAGCAACUUAAAGAGGAAAUUAGCAGAAAAAUAUUGUAGCUUAUCAUAACAAGUUCUAAUGUUAGAAGACAUUCUAUAAUUCACCAAACAUCAUUUAACAGAUAGGAUCAAUAUUAUGGUUGCGAUUGGAAGACGACAAUCAGGAUUUCAGAGCAAAAGGAAUUCAAAUAAGCUAUAUUUGCUUCCUACGUCUAUUUGAUGUGUUGGGUAAUAGUAGUGUUAAAAAUUCUGUCUUUUAUUGCUGUAGUAGAAAAAAUGCUAUUAUAAAUGGCAAUUUUGUUAAUGAUUGCCGCGAUUCUUUUAAUUUUUUUAAUUUUCAAAUUCAUUUAUUUUUUGUGCCAAUUUUAGUUAAUCAAUUAGGAGUUUCCAAUAUGGUAACAUUGUCAAUUAGGAGUGAAAAGGGGAUGUAAAGAUAGAUAUGGCCUUGGAAAAAUCUGCCAAAGUUCCAGAUGGCUUCUUCAGUGGUGGGGUCAGAAUCUAAAAGCCACAAUAUUGAUUCAAUUGGCUUUGAGCAGGGGAGACCAUAAAAUCAAGAAGUAUUUAAGUGUUAGGGUGCAAUCUAUACUAAUUGAGGCCAAUCUAGUCACUCAUGAAUUUGUUCGGUCAAAUUUUGAGGUUAAAGUUGUAUUGACGGAGUUCAGCAUUUUAUUCGAACAGUUCUAAUAAAGUGACAACUUCAAACUCGAACCUAAUAUGUGAGGCAAAAAUUUGUCAAGCUUAAUUGAGUUCAAUUGAGCUUCACACACAUAUACUUGAAUAUUUUUAAUAUUUAUUUGUAUGAAAUGUCUAUCAUAACCUUUGUUUAAAAUUAUAUAAAGUAUUCUUUGUUUAUGGAAUGUUUUGUAUAAAACCAUUGCUAAGUUCCUGGUGAAUAGACUUAAGCCCCUCCUGAACUAUUGCAUUAGUAAUUCUCAGGCAGCAUUUGUACCCAAUGGGCAAAUAUUAGAUAUUGUUAUCAUAGCUCGUGAGUAUAUUCACGGGCUUCAUUCUAAGAGAGGGGAAAGGUGGAGGGGGGCAGGGGAGAUGGCUAUAUGGCCCUUAAAUUAGAAGUGUCUAAAGCCUAUGAUAGAGUUGAGUGAAAAUUUUUGUAUGUCUUGCUUAGCAAAAUGGGCUUCUGUCCACUCUGUAUCAAAUGGAUUCAUGGCUGUCUUUCUUCUGUGUCUUACUUCUUCAAUAUAAAUGCUGUUCAAUCUGGUUACAUUUGCCUUUCUAGAGCCAUUAAGCAAGGGCACCCUUCAUUUUCUUAUCUCUUUGUGUUUUGUGCUGAGGGUCUUUCUAACCUCAUUAACAAUGCUGUCGACAAUAAUAAGCUUACUAGAGUGAAAAUUUCUAGACAAAAUCCCCCUGUAUCUCAUUUAUUUUUUGCUGCCAACUCUUGGAUCUUUUGCAAAGCUAAGCAAGACCUACAAUGCUAUGAGCAAGCCUUUGGCCAACAGAUCAAUAUUGGUAAAUCUGCUGUCUUUUUCAGCAAGAAUACCAGUCCUAGAAAUGUGGAGGAUGUGAUGCACCAGUUAGGAGGAAUACAAUAUGCAACACAAACGAAAUACCUAAGCCAAUGGUAAUUGGUAGAUUUAAGAACAGUGUGUUCAGAUUCAUAAAGGAUAACAUGAGUGCCCGGGUCCAGAAUGGGAAAGGUAAACUGCGUAGCAAUGUUGGUAAGGAGGUUCUCCUUAAAUCUCUUGCUCUUCCCUCUUAUGCUAUGUCAUUAGUCAAAUUAUCUGAUAACCUCUGCAAAGUUCUUAUUGGAAUUAUGGCUAAAUUUUGGUGGGGAAAUGACCAAGGGCAAAGGAGAAUGCAUUGGAUAAAAUGGUAUGAUCUCUCUGAAAUGAAAGGUAACGGAGGAUUCGGUUUUAGGGUAAUACAAUGUUUCAAUGUUGCCUAGCUGGCACCUAUCCAAACUUGUUGGUUAGCAAGGUGAUAAAAGGCAAGUAAUAUCCUAAAACCUUCAUUUUUGAGUCGAAUGUUAAGGCUGGUGUCUCUUGGAUGUGGUAAAGUUUACAUCGCUUCUAAAUAUGCUGGAAAGUGGUGUUUGGAAACAGGUGGGAGAUGGUAAAUCUGACAACAUAUGGGAGGAUAGGUGGGUAGGAUAUUCUAGCAAUGGGAAGAUCAUCUAAGCUAGACCAAAAGACUGCCAACUAGUGAUGGUUAGCAGGUUGAUUCAAGGAUAGUAGUGGAAUAGCAACCUGAUCCGUUCUAUGUUCUCAAAGGAAGAGGCUGAAGGUAUCUUACAAAUUCAUUUGAGCAUCUUUGGGGAAAAAAGAUAGGUGCAGAUGGCAACACACAGCAAAUGGAUUCUGCUCAACCAAAUCAGGUUAUGCAAGGGCAAAAGAGAGACGGAGAAAUCAUAUGCCAACAAAGCACAUGUGAACUCCAGCAGAAAUAACGAGAAAUCCAAAGUCUGGAAUCAGCUGUGGGGGUUGAACAUUAAGAGACAAAGUUAAGCAUUUUCUGUGGAAGUGCCUCCACUACAUUCUACCACUAUGAGGAGAUUUUUAGAAGAAUAGGUAAAGGGAGACCCAAUGUGCAAAUGCUGUGGUGAAGCCCCUGAAACAUUGGAACAUGCUUUUCUCCUGUGCAAAGCAAGAGAAUUUGCCUGGAACAUGUUCCCCAUUGUGUGGGAUGGCAUUAGUGAGCAUAAAUGGAACUUCUGGAUAUGGUGGGAAUCCAUGCAAGAAGCAAGAUCAAGAUUGGAUGGUUAGGAACACAUUGAAGUCACUGCCAACUUCCUCUGGCAGCUAUGAAAAACAAUAAAUGAGUGGUCCUUCAACCAGAAGCAAAAAGACAACCAUCAAAUUUCCAAGAAAGCUGUGGGAAACUGGAUCAAAUUCAAAGAGGUUUGAUAGGAUUGCAAACAAUGCUGUUGAAGAUCACAAUCAUGUGGAUGACAGUCAAGGCAUACUAGCUGAUCUUCUUAUGCAACAUGCCACCACAUGUACACUGACGCAGCCUUCAGUCAGAGUAACCCUCAAUCUGGGAUGGGAAUUGUAGCGAAAGGAAGCAAUGGCAACAUUAUCAUAACUUGGUCCAUACCAUGUACAUGUGCUAAUGAUGCAGCAAUACAAGAGGCUAUUACCAUCCGGACUUCUCUAAGCUAUUGAGGAAAGCACGACAUAUUUAUUGAUUCUUUCCGAUUGUAAAGCUGUGGUGGAGAGAAUCAAUCAAAGCUGCAAUGGGUUGUCCCCACUGGAUGAGAUCAUUAACGACAUCAGACAGCUUAGCCGAUCGUUUUGGAAGUGUACUUUUUUUUAGUUUAAAAGAGAGAUGAACUUGUGUAGACAUGACUUAGCCAAAUUGGCUAUCUACCUUUUACAUGAAACUUGGUGGAAGGGUCCUUUCUUAUGUGGCUUAAUAGAGAGGCCCAUAAAGAUUUCCUGGCAGUUGCCCGUUUCUUACAAAGCUGCUGCGCAGUCUAACUAAACCUGUAUCUACUGUUUAUACUUAUCUAAAAGUUGAUUUUUGAC